AAAAAUACAUGUAUACAUAAUUAGAAAUGAAAAGAAAAAAUAUGUAAGAUAAACACUUUGACGAAAACGCGUAAAUAAGUAUCGCCCAGACCUUAAAUAAAUAUAUUACAUAAGCAAAAGCUGUAUCGUUUAUUUAAUUUCUUUAAAGACUCAAAGUCUUUUUAAUUUACAUAGUAAAAUGGUUAUAUGACUUCUUCAAUAAUUGAUGGACCAUGAUUUCCUUACGAAUUCAUCUAAUAUUAAUUGGCACCUAGACUUCUCUCUCUCAAUAUAAACAUUCGGUUUCUUGAUUUUCUUAAGACCAGAGAAAACAAUUAAGAAGAACUAAGAUGAAGAUGUUCAGCGUACGUUUGAUUUUUCUUAUUCUAUGUAUCUUCUUCGAUGGUUCUUUGUCAAAGCUUGAAAGGUUGGAGCAUCCGGUGACGAAAUCCGAUGGCUCUUUGAAUAUUCUGGUCGUCGGAGAUUGGGGACGACAAGGAUGUUUUAAUCAAUCUCUCGUUGCUCAUCAGAUGGGAAUUGUGGGAGAGCAACUAGACAUAGAUUAUGUGAUAUCAGUGGGAGAUAAUUUCUAUGACGACGGUUUAAAAGGAGACACUGAUCCUGCUUUUGAAGCCUCAUUCUCUCAUAUCUACACUCAUCCUAGUCUCCAAAAACAGUGGUAUUCUGUUUUGGGGAACCAUGAUUACAGAGGAAAUGUUUCAGCACAACUAAGUCAUGUUCUUACCCAAAAAGAUUGGAGAUGGUUUUGUCGCAGAUCUUUUGUCUUAUGCUCAGGAAUGGUGGAGCUUUUCUUCGUGGAUACAAAUCCAUUUGUAGAACAGUACUUCACAGAUCCAGAAGAUCACACUUAUGAUUGGAGCAACGUGUUACCCAGGGAUAGAUAUAUCUCCAACCUCUUACAUGAUUUAGAUUUAGCGAUGAAAAAGUCGCGUGCCACAUGGAAAUUUGUCGUGGGACAUCAUGGGAUCAAAACCGCAGGUGAGCAUGGUGUGACCCAAGAGCUUGUCGAUCAACUUCUUCCAAUUCUAGAGGAAAAUAAAGUGGACGUGUACAUGAACGGACAUGAUCAUUGCUUGCAACACAUUGGGUCUGACGGUGGGAUUCAAUUUCUGACAAGUGGAGGAGGAUCAAAGGCAUGGAGAGGAGUUAUUCUGCCGUGGGAUCCAAAAGAACUAAAACUUUAUUACGACGGACAAGGUUUCAUGUCUCUUCACAUUACUCACUCUCAAGCUAAGUUCAUCUACUAUGAUAUUUCCGGCAAUGUUCUUCACCAAUUCACCUUGUCCAAAUAAUCCAAAACUUUUGGCCACUUUUAAAAGAUCAUUCCUCUAAAAAGAAAGAGAGAGAGCUAGAGAGAGAGUGAUUCAAACAUACUUUUAAUUUGAGAUUUUUUAUUUGUAAGAGAUUUAUCCAUUUCGAUUGUUGUGCGGAAUAUGUGAGACCACCUGAUGCGCACAUCAUUGGUUUCUUGAUCUUCUGCUGCUUCAAAUUAUUGCAAUUCUAUAAAAUUCUAUAAAAUUGCUAAAUUGUGUGAUCAAAUAAGGCUUUUAACUAAGAGCAUCAAAACAAGGUUCAAGUUA